CGAAACUGUCCUGAAUGAGGAAACAACAGCAGCAGUUCUCCCUGGAUCCCUCAUUUGGUGUGGAAAAGAAACUUUCAGUGCUGUUGAAUAUUAUACGUGUUAUAAAUAGAAAGUCUGAAGAGGAUAACAGAAGAGUGUAUGGUAGGGGAGACUUUCUAAGUAACGCUGUUGACUUCACUCUUCAUUCUAAGUGAAGUAAAUAUAUCUGGUCAAAGGCUAUUCCAGAGGAGACAAAAUGGCCUCUAGAUCGUCUCUCCCAGAGGAGGAUCUCUGCUGUCCUGUGUGCUGUGACAUCUUCACGGAUCCUGUUAUCCUGUCAUGUAGCCACAGCUACUGUCAUGAAUGCCUACAGGAAUAUUGGAGACAAAGAAAAGUGAAUGAAUGUCCCGUAUGCAGGAAAAGAUUCAGCUCAGGAGCAGCUCACUGUAACCUGGCUCUGAGAAACCUGUGUGAAGCCUUCUUACAGGAGAGAAGUCAGAAAGAGGAGGGUGGAGCUUCAGCGGGGUCUGAGGUGGUCUGCAGUCUGCACGGUGAGAAACUCAAGCUCUUCUGUCUAGAGGAUAAACAGCCUGCAUGUGUGGUGUGUCAGACUUCUAGAAAACAUGCAAACCAUAAGUUCUGUCCUGUGGAUGAGGCUGCACAGGACUACAAGAAGGAACUCAAGUCUGUGCUGAAGGUCUUACAGGAGAAGCUGAAGGUCUUUGACGCAGUGAAACUAACUUGCGAUAAAACAGAACAGCAUAUCAGAAGCCAGGCCCAGCACACAGAAAAACAGAUUAUGGAGGAAUUUAAAGCACUUCACUUGUUCUUAAGAGAUGAACGGGUAGUCAGGAUUGCUGCACUGAAGGAGGAAGAGGAGAGGAAGAGUCGGCUGAUGAAGAGGAAAAUUGAAGAGAUGAGCAGAGAGAUAUCAUCCCUUUCAGACACAAUCAGAGACGUAGAGGUGGAGCUGAGAGGGGAAGACAUUGUGUUUAUACGGAGUUACCAGGCUAUAAAGCAAAGAGCCCUGGAGUGCACACCAACGGACCCAGAGAGGGUUUCAGGAGCUCUGAUAGACGUGGCCAAACACCUGGGCAACCUGCAGUUCAGAGUCUGGGAGAAGAUGCAGGAGAUUGUUCAGUUCACUCCUGUUAUUCUCGACCCCAACACUGUUCACCCCCAUCUCAUCCUGUCUAACAACCUGAUUAGUUUGAGACAUAGUACGGAGACUCCGCAGCUUCCUGAUAACCCAGAGAGAUUUGAUAAGUACCGUUCGGUUCUGGGUUCUGACGGCUUUAACUCAGGGACACACAGCUGGGACGUUGAGGUUGGGGACAGUAUUUUAUGGUCUGUUGGUGUGGUCACAGAGUGGAAGGGGGCCACUGCCUCAACGAGAGGACACUGGCGUUUAGAUAAUAACAAAGGAGUAUUUAAAGCUCGCUCCUCAUCGGAUCAAAGCGUCCCUCUCUCAAAUAGACUGAGACCACAGAGGAUCAGAGUGCAGCUGGACUGGGAAAGAGGAAAGCUGUCAUUCUCUGACCCUGUUACUAACACCCACCUACACACGUUUACACACACUUUCACCAAGAGACUCUUUCCCUGCUUUUGUAGUAAGCAUCUGAGGAUUUUACCAGAGAAAGUCUCUGUUGUAGUGGAACAGCAUAGUUAGAGCUGAUACCACCUCUAUCUGUAACAGUGGAACAGUAAAAUUAUGUGUCAUUCCACAAUAUAGAGUGCCUUUUGUGUAAAAAAUAAUGUAUUUAUUUCAUCUAAUCAUAAAAUUCUGUCAUAAAGAUCACGUUUAAUAAAAACAUCUGU